AUGGCAAUAUACCAUAGAAUUUAUGGUAUCGAUCAGAAGACCUUCGGGUCAACAGGUUCCGUUGUCCUUUCGAUCUCAAUCUCAAGGACUGAAAAAGUUGCGAAGAACGCGGUGGUGGCGAUCAGCAAGAUUAAUAAGGACUGGGUGGGUGCUGACAGAUGGAACGAUGACGAAGAUGACAACAUACGACGUCUCCUAUGGAGGCCGACGACGUGGCUGGCACUGUCGCCCGCGGUCAUCCCCUCCUGCCUCGCCGCGUCUAUCUCGAGCACCCUAUCUUUCAAGCAUGCUGCUGUUCCCCCAUCUGCAGCUGCAGUGUGUACUGCGUCGGCAGGGUUGUUCCAACAGCAGCAUUUGAACCUCCCCAGUCCAUCUCUCAACCGUCCUCCGACCCCAAGAGAGGACUGGGAUCUCCUUCUGGUCUGGGGAGGCACCAAUUCUGUCAGAUGCAAUGCCAUCCAGCCGGCCGCGGCUGCAGCAUGA